GUCACUGAGAGACGAGUUGGAACAGUCUGAACGAUGCAAGGAAUAGAAAGGACGUACGGGGGUCGACAGUGAACGACCGACCUACAAAGAAACAGAUAAAGGUGAGCGUGACUCCCAUAAUAUGUACGAAUUCGGUAACCCCUCUCACUUCUGACGAAUAGUAUGGUUCAUAUAAAGAGAAAUAAAAGGCGAAGCAGAUGAAGUGGAAGUUAGGGGGGUUCCCGACAUGGUGGAGAAGUGCUGGGAUCUGGCAGAGAAACCAGAGUUUUCAGUGUAUGGAGUCACACUCAGCCUAAGCGAUAGUAAAGUAGUUAAUAGUAUAUCAAGUCCUUUCUACUCUUUCAUUUAGUAAGUGAAAUGAAAAAUUUAAGUGUGCAGUGAUGUCGCUGUUGAGCGAUGAUUAUGAUUGUUUAUUACAAGUACAAUUCGGUAUAAAUAUUAUAUUGGUGUUAAAAUGUAAGAACUUGACCUUCCAACUAAUAGGUGGCAGUAUAGGUCAUUCUGAGCGCCAACGAAAGUCGUGUGGGAGCAGAGCCAACUUAAAAUUCAAAAAAGGAGAAAGAAAUUAGUCCAGGUAAGUUGGCAACAUUGGUUUCAGAGACGCGACGGGCACGCUGUUAGUUGAAAGUUUGAAUUUCCCGCUUUAAUUUGUUGUAGAUAGACCAUAGAACAAGCAAACAGGUGAUACCAACAUGACACAACACAGCACAUAGUGACAUAACAAAUUAUACAAAAUGGCGUAAAAGAGAAGUGUCUUAGUGUCUUACCUCCGGUAUACCUACUUCUUGAACAAUAAAAAUUUAAAGUACAAUUUAUGUGAAACGAAUUAUUGAAUAUAUAUAUAUAUCAGAUUUAUUCAAUUAAUGGAUGGAAAUAAUAAUUUUCAACAAAGUAAGUGCGUAUUUACUAGAUAAGUAACGGGGAAAGAUGAGUAAAGUGUUAAUGGCGUCUAGCUAUGUAUGUAUAAGAAGUGUUUGAGAAUAGAUCGAAGUUUAUCUAAAUUACUUGAUAUUAUAAAGUACAUAAUUACUUUUCAGUUGGAAAUCGAAUUACCCAAAGUGAUUAAUUGCAAAAGAAGUUCAAUCAUUAUCAUUUAACUUUGAUGACAGUAAGCAAGUGAAUAUUCAUUAUGGAUGAACUAUUAUUAACGAGACUGAAACUUCUCGCCACUCAAAUAGAAACUCUCUCGAAUCAAGCUCUUAGUCUCGGCUCUCUGCACAAUGACUUAAUCUACAAUGCAGAAGUAAUCAAGACUAAAUUGCAAAACCUCUCGACGAGAUUAAACGAUGAUUUACAUAAUUACUUCAGAAUGAAUAAAACGGAGAUUUCAGCGACAAAUGGGGAACCUCGAAGUUUUCGUAAGAGACGGUUUUCACAACGGGAAGAACGUAAAGAACAGAGAGAAGAUACAACAUCAAAAGGAAGUAAUACGACAGAGGGUGAAGUUGUCUCGAAGAGGAUGAAAGUACCAUGCGUGUUUUGCAAAGGCGAUCACUACAACGACCUUUGUGAUAAAUAUAAAACAGCCAAGGAACGGAAGUCACGGUUAGGAGACAGAUGUUACGGUUGUCUCAUGAGAAAUCAUCGGAUCGCGCAGUGCUAUAACGAUAAAAAUUCUUGCUAUUAUUGUAAAAAACGUGGUCUACAUCACAGAGCAUUGUGUCCUCAGAAAUUUCCAUCUAAAACCGAAACCACCACUCUAACAGAGGUUGACAGAAGAUGACAUACGGUCCUUCAAACAGCAGUAGUGAUGGCACGAGGAGAUAGGAACAAGGAUAAACAGACACGAUGUCGUAUACUAUUCGAUUCAGGCUCUCAGAGAUCUUACAUUACCCAAAAAAUUGCGAAAAAAUUAAAUUUAUCAAUAGAGAAGGAUGAAAAUUUGUCUGUCUAUACUUUUGGUUCAAGAAGUCCUCGAGAAUUUAAUAGUCCAGUAGUUCAACUAGAGUUAGAGACUAAAUCUAAAAAAGGAAAAAUCAUUUAUGCAAACAUUGUGCCUAUGAUUUCUCAAAGCGUACCCUAUGCUGAAGAACUUAACAAUUGGAAACACAAGGUAGAACUUGCAGAUGACGGAUCGUUAACAGAUCAAGUUGAUAUUCUUAUUGGAAAUGAUUAUUAUUAUUCGUUUCUUCAUUCAGAGAAAAUACGAAUAAGUGAAGACUUAUACCUAGUAGAUUCUGAGUUCGGAUGGAUACUAUCAGGUCAGGGUCCACGUAGAGAUAUAGAAGAACAACACAUGUCAGUUAUCACAUAUUUUCAAACAGAGAUAGAUUUUAAAUUUAACAAACCUGACAUGCCUUUAGAUCAAGGAAGUAUAGCAUUCUUGUGGGAACUCGAGUCAAUUGGCAUAACCGAUUCACCUAAAAUUACACGAGAGGAAGAGGCUAUUCAUAAAUUCAACGAGACUACUAAAUUAAUUAACAAUAGAUAUCAUGUUAGUUGGCCGUGGAACGAAUACCCACCGUCACUAACACCUAACUAUGGAUUAGCAUAUGGUCGUUUAGUAAAUUUAGUCAAGCGGUUAGAUAAGGAAACCCUAAAGUCCUAUAAUGAUGCUAUACAGGAACAAAUAUCGAAAGGAAUAGUCGAAGAAGUAUUAGACAAGACCCGUGUAGAACAUCCAGUACACUAUCUACCACAUCAUUGCGUUGCUCAGAAGAAUAAACCUAUUAGGAUUGUCUAUGAUGCCUCAUCGAAGAUUAAAAGCAAUAAAAGUUUGAACGAAUGUCUGUAUUGCGGUCCAUUGAUGUUAGAAGAUUUAACAUGUAUACUUAUUAGAUUUCGAAGUCAUAAUAUUGCUUUAUCAGCAGAUGUCGAGAAGGCUUUCCUUCAAAUAGGAUUACAUGAAAAGGAUUGCGACGUAACGAGAUUUAUUUGGUUGAAAGAUGUCGAAAAACCACCACAUGUAGAUAACAUUAUCUGUCUAAGAAUACCCGAUGGUGUUGAAGAAAAGGUUGUAAAAAUUUUAGGCCUAGAUUGGAAUUUAAAACAUGAUACGUUACAUGUAAAGUUCACGUUAACCACCGAAGCAUAUUCUAAACGGGAAGUAUUGAAGUUGAAUCCGGCAGAUAUUGCAACCAGACCGAUGAGUUCCAACGAAGACAAGGAAAGAUGGCUUACAGGUCCACAGUUUUUAUCAGAAUCCGACAAACAGAAAACGCCUGUGAAAUACAUGUCACAGUCAUUUUUUCUUUCGACGCGGGAGGGUCUGCCGAAUACCUCUAAAGAAAAGGAUAGUAAUCUAGAGCUACAAAACAACUUCUUAGGAGAAAGUAUUAGAGCCAAAGAAGAUAGCAGAACUAGUUACAAAGAAUCGCUUUGUAUUACGGAAACAAUAAAGAAGCUACAAGCAGAAUACUUCACUCAGGAAGUUGCGGGGAAAGAAACUGAUUUAAGUCGUAAUCUCAAGUUAUUUAAGGAUGUUGAUGGAUUACUACGGUGUAAAGGACGUCUUCAGAAUGCAGAACUAUCGUUUGACAAACGGUACCCUAUAUUGAUACCUAAGGAAUGUGACUUUACGAAUAACCUUAUAAAGAAAGUUCACAAUGAUAAUUAUCAUAUAGUCAACUAA